GGCACUUCCUGUUUUUUCCUCUGAUUUUUUUCUUGCUUGCCAGAGAGCGCUUUCUAUAUUGAGUAAUGGGGAAACAGGCAUCCAUCCACCUAACUAGUAACGUUAGGUCUGCACUUAUGGACAUUUCCAAAUGAAUCACAGGAAAUAUUGAAACUAAGUGGUUUUGUAGUUUAACGAUGGACUCGAUACGUCAAGCGUGAAUAGUGAGACACAACAAGGUGUACUGCUAACUACUUCCACACUAGCUAUUGAACGUAAGCUAGCUAACUUGGUACAAUCAGCUACGAUUUACUGUUGUGAAUGGUGUAACGUUACCUAGCUAACGUUUGCGUGCCAGACAGUCAAACAGAGUAACGUUUCUCUUCUCUGAAAAGUAUUUCCUCAACCAGGAAAGAGCAGCAUGCGGCGAGAUCUGCAUCCGUUCUAGAAUGAAGAAGAGCCCGGCGCACCGUUGCAGGGACAUCGAGAGGCAAGCCGGUUACCUGCAGCCGGAGCACUGCGCCCCUCCCCCGACCCGCCCCCGCUCCGACGCCAUGUGGUUCAUCCGCGACUGCUGCGGCAUCGUGUGCGGCGUCAUCACCUGGUGCCUGGUGUUCUACGCCGAGUUCGUGGUGCUCUUCGUCAUGCUGCUGCCCGCCAAGAACCUGCUCUAUAGUCUAAUCAACGGGGCACUGUUCAGUACCCUCGCCUUCCUCGCCCUGGCUUCGCACGCCCGGGCCAUGUGCACAGACCCGGGUGCGGUGCCUAAAGGGAACGCAACCAAGGAGUUUAUCGAGAGCCUGCAGCUCAAGCCCGGUCAGGUGGUCUACAAAUGUCCCAAGUGCUGCAGUAUAAAGCCCGACAGAGCUCACCACUGCAGUGUGUGUAAACGCUGUAUCAAGAAGAUGGACCACCAUUGCCCAUGGGUAAACAACUGCAUAGGAGAGAAGAACCAGAAAUUCUUUGUGCUUUUCACAAUGUACAUUUCACUGAUAUCCCUCCAUGCCCUGGUCAUGGUUGCCUUCCAUUUUAUCUUCUGCUUUGAGUCCGACUGGACGAAGUGCAGUACAUUCUCUCCUCCUGCGACCGUCAUCCUCCUCAUCUUCCUCUGCUUUGAGGGACUCCUCUUCCUCAUUUUCACCUCAGUGAUGUUUGGGUCCCAGGUCCAUUCCAUCUGUACCGAUGAGACGGGCAUAGAGCAGUUGAAAAAGGAGGAGAGAAGAUGGGUUAGAAGGACAAAGUGGAUGAACAUGAGGGUGGUAUUUGGCCAUCCGUUCUCCAUAGCCUGGCUAAGUCCCUUUGCAACCCCUGACCACGGGAAGGCAGACUAUUACCAGUACGUUGUCUGAGAAGAAGAAGCCAAGCUCCAGCACCCAUGCUACCAGCCUGUCUUUCAGGGUGCGGACUGACGAUGUGCACAGGCGAUACUGUUCCCGUGGCCUGACUUCACUGAGCAUUACCUCUUGACACUUCUUUUCCUUUUCUGUUUUUGAUCAUUUUUAAAUUUCAGGGUCUUCUUUGUGAAAAAAAUCUUUAUCUGCCUGUUUUUAAUACUUGGCACUUAUUUUGGUUUCUUUCUUUGCCUGGUGCUGAUCUUGAUAUCUGUAUGAAGAAUACGUUAUUUUCCCUUCUGUUCACAAUCACAGCCAAGCCCUGCAAAACCAUCAACUGUAAAAUGAGUCUCUGCUUUUCUCACGUUUACCAUUUUAAAGAAAGCCUUUACUGAUGUAACCUAGCCAGAGACCGAAUCGGACGUGGCUAUAAACUGGGCUUUACCUUUGGGAUAGAAAGGGUAGACGCUCUUAAACCCCCGACGUACAGUAUUUCCUGUAUUUGGUCAUGUCCUGUUUGAGGACUAGGCCUAAACAAAGCAAACGCACGAGCUGAAUCCAGAUUGUUUUCGUCCACUGAAAAACCAAUCAGUUCCAAUAGGCCUAUUUUCUCUUCCGACGUUGCAGUACCUCAGCCUUUCCGUAAUGUAUCCUUUAUGGUAUAAGCGAUAGCCUUGUUGCCAGUGACACGCUGUUGAUGUACUACCGACCCACAAGGCAUUACAUUUUGCUGUUUAGAACAGCCAAAUCUGUUGCUGCAAGCUGCAGAUUCUUUGCCUUUAUAGGCGAUGCGCCCUCUAAGCUGCACGCAUGCCCGCAGGACUGCCGCGCAGAAGAAUUGCCAUGCCGCACAGACUCGAGAGAUUGAACUUCACUGAGUUCACCCCAUUAGUUUGCACUACGUAGAUCAACGAUUUUUUCUGUGAUCGAAUCAACAUUAUAAACUGAGAUGUUGGAGCCCUGAAUGCUGAUUAGCUGACAGCUAUAUCAGACUGUAUACCACGGGUA